AUGGCACGCAGCAAACAAACCGCGCGGAAGUCCACUGGUGGUCGUGCCCCCCGCAAACAACUCGCGAGUAAAGCGUUCAGAAAAUGGUCGCGGUCGGAACAAUCGCUAACCCCGCUUCACCGCGCUGCCAUUGGUGGAAGCGAUGGGAUCCUGAGGGCUCUGCUUAUCAAAAGACGGGCUAACGUGGAAAAGAAGGACAACUUUGGCCAAACGCCCCUUCAUCAUGCCGUUAAAAAUGGCCAUCUAGGAGCUGUCGCACUUCUUUUGGCCCAUAAUGCAUCAGUAUCAUCACGAGACACGAAAUCCUUCACGCCUCUAACUUAUGCAGUCACUCACGGCCAACUAGAAAUCUUCAACCUUCUACUAGAAAACGGAGCUGUGCUAUCAACCUUAUGCUCAGAUAACCGCACACUGUUGCACCACGCUGCACAACAUGGCCACAUUGAAUUUUCAACUAUUUUGCUGCAUAAGGGUUUGUCUCUUCGAGAUCAAGACGAUGAUCAUCGGGUCGCCUUGGACUAUGCUGUCUACAACCAACACUGGGACCUCGCCAAAUUGCUAUUGAAGGAGGGGCGGGCUCGUUGGGUAUCGACCCAAUCGCAACACGAAGACGAAGAAAAUCCCCAUUCGGCGUUUCCUGAUGACGACGCCGCUGUCUCGCAAAUGGAAAGUGAAUCUGGAGGUGUUCGCCAGAACUCCUUGGCAAUAGCUGUGCGUCUAGGCAGGGACGAUCUCAUACACCGAUUAUUGGAUGAACACGGCUGCCACCUAGAUGGCGUCUCGGGAGAACGUGACCCUUUAUAUUUUGUUGUGGAAGGGGGACACCAGAAAUGUGUCGAGGUCCUUUUAUCAGCUGGUGCCGUUGCCAACAAGAAUAUCGGGCCAGGCACGGCGCUGCUAGAGUGCGCGAUGCGGCUCCACCACCACGACAUCACGGUCACCUUGCUGCGUGCCAGGAUUGUUCCGCAUCCUGAGAUCAGAUUUGACUGUCCCCACAGUCAAGUUAUUCCACUACUGGCGAUACGAGAGGCUGGUGAGGUAGCACAGCUUCUGUCAUAUACCCCUACCCUCGACAGUCUGUCCAUGUGGCUCGUUGAGAUUGCCAGGUUCAAGCACAGUCUGAGAACUACGACAAUGGGAACGAGAUCCCAGACGAGAGAAGCAAACACCAAUCAAAUCAGGGACUUGCAAGACGCUGUUGUCACUGCACUAGACACUAGCUUUGACGCCGUCUUCUUUCUCGUCGGUGCUAUUGAACCCGCAAUUCUCAAGAAUAUCCUGACCGUGGACCCUGCUAUACACAGGAAAGCUUGGGGAAGGCUUCCAUCGAAGCUCAACCGUCUAACAGACAAAGACCUAAUUGCCUGUCUCUCUAAGGCGGGUUUUACACUACCUUCCCCAGUCUCAUCAUUUCAACCACCCAUACACUCUCUUUACGAUGCCUGCGAUGCCGGGUCUAUGACCAAAGCACAAAGGUAUCUACAAAAAGGGCGCGGGGGUGUUGACAUGCUGGGACCUCGAAACCGAACUCCCUUACAUGCAGCCGCGCAACAGGGCCACCUUGAAAUCGUCAAGCUGCUUGUAGACUACGGUGCAGACUUGACGGCCGCAACUUUCUUUGGCAGCACAGCAGAGAAGCUUGCAGAGAAAUAUCAUCACCCAGCAGUUGCAGCAUUCUUAAAAGUAGCUCGGAUGCGACAGGACAAGGGAUCAAAGAGUAGUGCGGAGUGA